UGCAUGCACCCCACAUGACAGAAGUAGAGGAAAGCUAGCCAUCAGCUAUGAGAGACUAAACAGUUGCUUGACUAACUUGACAUGCGUGUCUACAGAAGUUACAGUCAUACCAAGUGCACAGGAAACCGUGUUUCGUUUGGUGCAGAGCUAUUUCUUGCAAUUUUCAAACAUGGCGGGUGUGGAAAAGGUAUCUAGUGGAGACCACACAUAUGGGGCUGUGAUGAAUGAUUGUUUGCCACCUGGAUGGACCCGUAAGGUCACACAGCGUGCAAGUGGAAAAUCUGCAGGCAAAUAUGAUGUUUACAUAUACAGUCCUGACGGUAGGAAAUUUCGCUCUCGACGGGAUUUGGAGAGUUAUAAAUUGGAAAUGGGCCUGGACCUGAACAUCAGUGACUUUAAUUUCUCUGUGCGUGGCACAGUUAGCCCAGCAGCAAAGGCCUCUACAAGUAACUCUCCAGGUUCAAAGACUGCUAAAACCUCUGCAAAAAAAGGUGCCUCCUCAGAGAAGACUAAGACCUCGGGAAGUAAGACAAAAAAGUCUUCUUCAAAAGACAGGACAGGGAAGAAUGUUGCGCGGAACUUAGUUGUUAAAAUGGCUUUUCCUACUCCUUCAAAGCGAAAAAGUGCUAGACAAAAUAAGAUGGCCAAUAAGGGCAAGAUGAGACGAAGUAAUUCUGUAAGUGCUGUGCUCUUGUCUGACACAAAGACUGGACCUGGUAGAAAGGCUGUAGGAAAAACAGAUGCAACAACUCUACAGAGGUCCAAGUCAUUGGAACUUGGUAAGACUGGCCAAAGUCCCAAGAGCCCAACGCAAAAAGAAGCUACAUUGGUGAUGAGGAGUUGUAAAUUAUCGCCAAAGGAAACUAGCCCCAAUGAGAAAAAUAAUAACGAUACCAGCUGGAAAUCUUCCCCGGCUAUAGGUCACAGACUGGGGAAAAGGAAAGGCUCCCAAUGUAGUCCCACUGCUGAACAGGCCCCACAGGAAUCCCCGGGUAAAGUCAGAAGGAAAAUGUCAGCAAACACACCUGAUGAACUACCCAGGAGUCGCCGUUUGAGUGCUCAGGAACCAAAUCGACCUAUCAAAGGGUCACGGGUUCCCAGACGACCUUCUACUUCACGUAUUCGUCACGAUGUUGGCAAGACAAGAGAAAUACGUUUCCAGAAGAGCACAUACUUCAGGAAAACAGCCAAACUUGGUGCCACCGAAACUGAAGAAGACUUGGCUCCUCCAAAAUCCCCUUACAAUCUCGUUCAAGAAUCCCUGUUCAUGAUCCUUGGGAAACUCUUGGUGGCCACAGUCUUUCUCAAUAAAACAACAGGAAAGGCGGCCCUGCCAAUUCUCUGGGAUUUCUUUAAAAAAUGGCCGACUGCAGAAGCGACUCGCAAGGCAAACUGGCAGGAAAUUGCCGAUUUAAUUCAACCACUUGGUUUACAACAGAAGAGGGCUAAGAUGUUGAUACGCUUCUCAGAUGAUUUCCUUACUAAGGAUUGGAGGUAUCCCAUUGAACUGCAUGGCAUUGGCAAAUACGGCAACGAUUCUUACCGCAUUUUCUGCAUAAAUGAGUGGAAGCAUGUGAAGCCCAGCGACCAUAAACUGAAUUUAUACCAUGCCUGGCUUUGGCAAAACCACAGGGCACUGGGAAUAGGAUAGCGCAGUAUAACCGGAAGUAAAGCGAAAUAAUCAGAGGGUUUGUCAAGGCAUUCUGAUAAAAUAUGGCCGGACCAGGAGGAGAGACAUUUGUAAAAGAUUAGAAGAUUAUAACUAUUACUAAAAUACUGUAUUAUAUUAGCAUAGUGCGGUUCCCUGGAAAAAGUUUUUUUUUAAAAAUAUGCAGCACUGAACGGCAGCUUCUUUUUCGGAAGUAAUACUAUGUUACUGUCCAUGAAUCUCAUUAUCAUAUAAAAAAUUAUUAUUUUGUGCAUGUCUGUGAAGAAUAUUUUCAUGCACAUUUAUGAAGAAUAUAUACAUAUACAUGCAUACAUGUAGCAUAGAAAAGAUGAAGGAAAAAUUUCAUGAGGUUUGACUGAAUACUGAGUUCGUCAGAUGAAAGAAUGAAGAUUUAUUGAUUUUAUAAUGUGAACAAAGGGCUAUCGACAGUGACAUAUAUCAUUUUCCUUUUAAAACUGCAAAGUAGCAUGUUCUGUAUUGAAGAAAUCUAAUAUAAUUUUAUAAGAUUUUAGAAAGUUCAAAAUAUAUCUAACAAUGCUUUUUGAACUUGUCAGACAACAGGUGAAAAUCUUGUAACUUUAAUACAGAUUAUCAUUG